AUGGCCUCCCACCUGCACUGGAUGCUUAUUAAGAACACCCAUUGUUUCCUUAUGAAGAGGAAUGGGGAACAAUUCAGCCGCGAUCCUCUGAACUUGAAGGGGAAGAACUGCUUUAAGUACAAUGGGCUUGUUCACAAGAAAGCCAUUGGCAUCAAGCAAGAACGCGGCGGGAAAGGCGUGUAUGUGCUCACAAAGAAGGUCGGAUAUGACCAUAAGCCACGUCAGGCAAUCGUCAGGACCAAGUUUGUUAGAGGCCAAAGGCGAACUCUACAGAAACUUCGGAACUUUGUUUGCCGUCAGAAGUACCGCCGCGAGCUGAAAAUGGUAAGCCCCUCUUAUCAUCUAUUAUGUUCUCCCUAGCUUACUUUGAGAAGGGCGAGUGGUAUGAUGCAAAAGAACAAGUCUAAGGCCCCUGCUGCCUCAUCGCAACCCAAGAAGAACUAA